AUGCCCGAUGACUUCUGUACCUACCUACAGCUAGAGUAUUCAGAAAAGGCUGACUCGUUGGCCCGGCAGAAAGAGGUUUACUUCGCCAUGCCUGCAUUGUCCCAGGGGCUAUCCCACAGUGGGCCUGUCCUUCGAAUUUUCUCUCUGCCUGAUGAUACCUUAAUCAUGAUGGGAGAAGAUGGAGUCAUUUCUUUCUGGUCGCCACAGCUGACAUUGAAAAGAAGAAAGCUGGUUUUCGGACACCUUGCUAGCUGCUUGUCGUCCAUUCCAGGGGGCUGGGAUUGUGAGGAAUCGUGUCAGCCUUUGCAAAACCUAAAUCAGCCGGCGUCCAUCUUUAAAAUGUUACUAGUUAGAAACGCUGCCAAAGGUGAGGACGAGGUGGCAAGACCCGCUGGAUCAGCUUCCUGCCAGCCCACCUGCCUCCCUGCUUCCUUCAAGUCCCAGCUAAAAACCCCUCCUUCUUCCGGAAGCCUUUCCCAAUCCCUCUUAAUUCUAGUGCCUUCCCUCGGGUGUACUACUGGAACCACAAAUGUUGAGCAAAAGAUGAAGGAAAUAAGGGAUGUUAAGAAAGAUGGAAAAGUAAGAAAAUGGCAGCAAGCAUCCCUUGGUCUGCCCCAGAGGCGAGCAGAGUGUGAUCAGACAGUUUUCCGAGUGCAUAAAGGAGUCAAAGUAUUUUCCUUCUGUAAAAGGAACAACUUGCUACUAACGGGUGGAAUGGAUCGAAUAAUUCGAAUCUGGAACCCUUACAUUCCUGGAAAACCAACAGGCAUGCUGAAAAGCCACCUAGCUCCAGUGUUUUACCUCCACAUCGCAGCAGAGGAGAAGAGAAUAUUUUCAAUGUCCACUGACAAUACAGUCAAGAUCUGGGAUCUGGAGAACCACAACUGCUUGUUCACUGCCUGCCCCAAAGCCAGCGGCAUCCAAGGGGAGCUUACAGCUUGUCACUACCUGUCCAACAUCAAAGCACUGUGUGUUGCCACAGAUUCUGUCUCUCUCCUGCAUCUAAGGAUGAGAGCUCUCCCUGAGCCUCACCUGGUGGUUUCUCACAAAGAGCCCAUAGUGUGCUGCAGAUACAACAAGACAUUUGGACACGUGGUUAGCUGCUCAGAAGGGUCUGUGAUUAAAGUGUGGGAUUUUGAAACAGGAAUGUUAUUGUCUGAAUUUAUUGGAGCUCAUGGCAAUGCAGAAAUCACCUGCCUGACUUUUGAUUCCAGUGGGAGAAGGCUGGUCACUGGUGGUAGAGAUGGGUGUUUAAGAAUCUGGAACUACAACAAUGGGCAUUGUCUGAAAACUCUGACCCAAGAUGAAAAGCACAAUGAAGUCUGUGACUGUACCUAUGUAGAAGUGUAUCAAAAUAAGUACAUCAUAGCUGUGGGAUGGGACAGAAGAAUAAACUUGUAUUUUGAUUCUCCUUAUGACUUCCAUCACUUCUGGAAGCCUCAGCCACAUUGGUCGGAUGAUCUAAUCCGGGGACACAAGGAUGAUAUCUUAUGUGUGGUUCAGUGCCCACCUUCUCUUCUUGCCACCUCUAGCUACGAUGGGGAAAUUAUCAUUUGGAAUAUGAUCUCAGGACACAUGUAUUGCAAGCUAAACACACCUGUCCUUACUCACCCCUCUGAAGACCCAGAAGACAGAAGUGUUUCUCAUCUCACAUUCCUAAAGACCCGUGCAGCCAAAUUUGAAUCAAAAGCUGCUUCUCUCAUUUCCAAUGGGCCCCAAGGUUCUGUUAUUUUCUGGAGUCUGUUCAGUGGGGCCCAGCUCAUAGCCAGCUUCAUACCUUCCAGAGGAAAAUCCCAGAUCAGCAGCAUGGUGGUGACGACAGGAGACACCUGUGCCUAUGUGGCAGACAAGCUGGGUUAUGUAUACAUCUAUGAUAUCAGGGACUAUGCCCUUGAGGGACCUGAGCAAGAACCACCCAAAAAUGUCAAGUUCUGGCGAGCCCAUGUUAAUGCACUAACAUCCUUAGAGCUGAUAGAGAAAGAAAAGGCUCUAUUGUCUUCCUCCGUUGACUGUACAGUUCGUCUAUGGAGCAUGGAUGGAGAGUACAUAGGGACUUUUGGACAGAGUGAGCUCUGGGAUGUUUUUACAUCUGCCUCCUGGAAGCAUCCUAUGGUGCCCUAUGAAAUCCUGAUGGAUCCACAGAGUAUGCCAGUCCAUCAAACAUUAGCAGAAGAUGUUUCAUCUCUACAAAUUGAUCAUAUGGAGGACGACAAAGGAAUUCAGGAGAAAUCCAGUGCCAAGGUUGGUGCUUGA